UAAAUGGGUAAACCAAGAUCUCCCUGCAAACGCCACGCCCACCAAGCGAUUUGAAAUCGUAUAAAAGGAAAGCCAAAACGGUUUGAAAAGCAUCAGUCUCAUUUGAGUCAUCGCAAGUUCAACAUGAAGGUCUUUCUCUGCAUCGUUCUCGUCGCUUUGGUUGCCGUUAAUGGCCAAUCGUAUCCUAACAGGCCUUCCUACAAGUCACCGGCCUAUCCAUCACCGAGUUAUCCGACGUACCCUAAACCUUCAUACCCAUCUUAUCCCAAACCAUCGUAUCCUAGCGCAGAUUACGCCAGACCUGCCUACCCACAGACUUAUGAGACACCAACGCCGUACGAUUUCGCAUGGGAAGUGAAGGAUGCCUACAGUUACAACAACUACAAUCAUCAAGAGACUGGUGACGAUAAGGGCUACGUUACUGGAUCCUAUAGCGUUGAUCUUCCCGAUGGACGCAAACAGACUGUUGCUUACAAGGCUGAUGAUUACACCGGAUACGUCGCUGACGUCAAGUACGAAGGAGAAGCUAAAUAUCCUGAAAACAAGCCAGCUCCUUACAAGCCUGCUGCUUAUCCGGAAUAUAAACCAGCCUAUUCUUCGCCCUCGUACCCAAAGCCAUCCUAUCCUAAACCGCCUUACAAGAACGAUUAUCCAGCUCCUUCUUAUCCGUCAUACCGACCUCCGUCUUAUCCUUCGUAUCCCGCACCUAAAUACCCCACCAGAUAUUAAAGUAUUUUAUAAAAAUUAUUCAAACAUUAUAAUGCAAGCCUCAUAUGACAAAUGCAAAUUAUUCUUAUCAAAUACAAUUAUUGGAAAGAA